UUAUACGAAUUUCUUUCCAUUUCUUUUUCGAAUUUCCGUCCUCGAAUCAUUUACCCUAGACGUGUGGUGGUGUUUAACCCUCCAAUCCAUUCCACCUUCAAUUUACUCCAAAUUCCAACGUAUCAACCAUUCCUGGUGUGGAUAUCUGCACAAUUACAUCAGACUUGAAUUGGACCGAGUAAACCCUCCCGGGACCUUGAUAUCUAUUCAAUCGUGUUGAAUCUUUAUUUACCCCCGUCCAGUCCAGUCCAGUCCAAGAAUUCAUUGCCAGCCAGCCAAUUAAAUGAAAUAGAAAAUCUACCAGUUUUCCAUAUUUCAUAUUUCAUAUCUUAUUGCGGGAAACGAAAGAUUGGAAAAGAAGUGCAAAGAGGAGAGAAGAGAGAGAUAGGACACGAGAGAAAAUAAGGAAGGAAAAGAGAAGAGAAGAGAAGAGAAGAAAAGAAAAGAAAAGAAAAGAAAAGAGGAUCUUUCUAUCAUCUUCUUCUCCAUUUUUCAACCUGUGACAACAAAGUAUUCACAACUUCAAUCAAUAUCUAGAUACCUACCUACCUAGGUUGAUUGAUUGAUCGAUUGAUUGAUUGAACGAUUGGUAUUCUUAUUACGGAUUACAUGCAAAAUCCCCCACCAACAAUUUCAGCUUUCUAUCGCUUCUAGAUCUCACCACAAUCGAGGAAAAGUCAAGGAAAAGAGGAAAAUCCCACUUCAAAGUCAUUUUUUCCCAAAAUUCGAACCCACCAACAAAGAUCUCUUUCCUGCUCACCUCCCCCACCUUGAUUCAAGACUUGAUUGACUCUUGGAGUCUGAUUGAUCUCAUUUAUUCACCGGUAAAACAUCUCCAUCCAAGCUGGGCACCGGGGCAAUCGACCGGGAUUGGAUUUACGAAACCUUACACACCAUACACCCUGCGCACCUUACACACCUUGCACACCUCUUCAACUUUAUUCACGAGCCAAUUCCAGAUACCCAAAUCAGCCCAACCGACGCAAGCCCCUCCAGUAGCUCGUCAUCCCAUCUAUUCAUUUCUAUUACCUUCAUUCAAUACCACCACCACCACCACCACCACCACCUAACACCUCCUCCACCAUCAUUGUCCAUUAUACAAAACCCGUCCAUCUUCCAGCCUCGUCAUUUUUCUUCUUUUUGAUUUUUCUCUCACUUGGCUUCUUCGGUUUCACAUCUACCAACCACGUACCCCCAUCUACUCUUUGCGUAGAUACCUAACCGAUUCACAUCUCACAUACGUUGCUGUAUUCUCGACAUAAUUAAAACACUGCACCAUUUCGAAUACAAACAAACGCUCUCAAUAAGUAUCUUGUCCAUACAAUCAACAAUACACGCAACCAAACAUGUCUCGACAUGGCGCCCCGUCUCGAGUGACGGAAUUUGAUGAGCGUGAUACUUAUUAUCGAGGGACAGCUCCACCACCAGCUCAAGUUCGAGUAAGAGAGCGUGAUCACGAAGAGACUAUUGACUUCAGUGCCAGAAGAGGUCCAGAAAGACCUCGAAGACGUUCAUUGGAUUUCUUACGAGAUGAUUACACGCGAUCAGAACCAGGUCAAAUGGUCGUAAGAGAACGCGAAAGAGAAACAUUUAAUGACGGUCCACUUGUGCGACGAGCAAGAUCUCCCUCUCCUCCACGAUUUCGUGAGAGAAUUGUAAGAAGUGAGGUUGGAGUACGAGAGCCGUCUCCACCAGCGGAGAGAAUCCGAACAAGAAUUGUUGAGAGAGAAAAGGAAACUCCAAGAUCUCCAUCACCCCCACCACAACUUCGCGCACGAGUUAUAGAGACAAGACAAAGGUUCAGAGAGCGUUCGCCAUCUCCUCCAGCUCCUUCUCCAGUCCGCAUUCGUGAGAGAAUUAUUGAGCGUGAAAGAGAAAGAGAGAGAACCCCUUCCCCACCACCACAAGUUGAGAGAAUUCACACCCGAAUUGUUGAAAGAGAGAGAGAAAGAGAACCCUCUCCAUCACCAUCUCCCCCACCAACCCCACCACCAGAGAUUAUUCGAGCACCACCCAUUCACCGAGAAAUUAUUACACAUCAUCGUCAUAUUGAUCACGGUUUCGAAAGAGCGCCAGCUCCAAGUCCACCCCCACCUCCCCGUCGUGCCCACACCCCUGCACCACCAAAAACCGAAAAGACUGAAAUCGACAUUUAUCGUUCCGGUAACAAUACUGAAGUUGAUAUCACAAAAACCAAAACCAGUGGUCGCGAAAAGCCUAAAUCACCCCCUCCACGAAGAGAAUAUUAUGAUGAUUCCAUCUUAUAUGAGCAAGAGCGUGAUAAGCUACGUGUUAGAGAUACCCGCAUUGAUCUCAGCAGGAGAAGAAGUUUGAGUGCUCGUCCUGAUAAGGAGAGAGUAAAUCUCGAUAUCCGAGAUGAAGAUGAAGCUGAUUUCUACGCCCGUAAGGUUCAAGAGAGAGCCGUUAUUGGUGAAGCAUUCAACGGCGCCACAAAAGAUUGGUCAAUCAUCGAUGUUCCUCCUGGAACUGAGAGGAUCCAACUAGAUGGUGUCGGGGGUGGAAGUCAAGAAAUCACUUGGCAGAGAUACAAUGGUGUACGACGAAGCAAGUUCAAUCCUGAGCGUGAGCACAAGAGAGAAGAACCUGAACGUGUCGAGAAGAGAAUUGAGAUCCGUGAACGUGAGCGAGAAGGUCCUAAUCGCACAACUGAGCAUAUCGAGAUUCGUGAGCGUCAAAGUGCUGCACCUUCUCCACGCGAAUCGUCAACCACUAUUGACAUCGAUAUCUCUAACUCUAGCAGUCGUAAGCCACGAAGCCAUGCCAGUGGACCAACAUACGAGAGAGAAAGAGAAUACGAGCGUGUUGAGGAAAGCUCCGAUCGUCAAGUUGGCUUCCCAUUACCUCGUGGUCCACCAAAAAGUAGAAUGGGUGAUUUGUGGACUGAAAUCACCAAGGACUUGGUAGCUAAGGAGGCUAUCGAGGAACUUGGUUAUGAUUAUGAAGAAACAGAAUUCUUCUAUUACAUUCUUCAAUAUCUCAGAUACCAAGAUGUCGAGGAACUCGUUGCCCUCUCCGAAACCGUCCGCCGUGAAAGACAAGAUCGCAUCCGUGAAAUCGAACGUGAACGCAUUCGCAUUGAACGUCGUGAGAAAGAACGCGAUGAUUGGGAGCGAGCAGAGCGAAGAAGAGAAAGAGAUAGUGGCUACGAUGAUGAGCGAAUCAUCGAGAGAGAAAUCAUCUGGGAUGAUCAUAGAAGACGCGAGAGACCUAGCAGACGUUGGUAAUUCUUUUCCUAUCGCUAGGAUUCAAUUAUCAAUGUGAGCCGGUCGAUCGAAAGAAUCGAAAUUUCACAGGGAAAUCGCAGACGAAGACGAGAAGAGAAAGCGGAAAGAGAAAAAAAAAAUAAACCCAAUUCUCUACGAAUAUGAUGAAAUGAACCGACGAAACGAACGACAGAUGAACCAAAAUACGACGUCACGGCUGCUACAUAAUGAUAUUUGCGCUUGUACUUGCACCUAGCAUUGACUCCCUCCUCAUAUAGCGCUCCUGCAUUUCUUCAUUCCUUCUUGUUUCUUUUAUUAAUUUCUUUUCGAUUGAUCGAUUCGGUCUCUCACUGCGGGGAUGAGUGGGAAGUGUCUUCUAUCUAUUCCUGGAUCAUUCUUGUUAUCUUACCUACAUACAUACCUCAUAUUCAUCACCGUUCCUUCGUCCAGAAGAAAGGUACUACGUGUUUAUUGGCAUGGAUAUGGAUGGAUAGAUAGAUACACAAGAUUUUCUCGGUGGAGGGAUGGAAAGAAUGGAUGGGAAUGAUGGAUGGAUGGAUGGAUGGAUGGGCUUAGUUGGUUUAUUUUCUUGUGUUUUCCUUUUCUUUUACUCUUUUUUGUUCCUCCUCUUUGGUUGCGUGUGUUUCUCAAUGGAUUGUAUUUGAUUGCUCGUUUUUAUUUACUUAUGUGUGUUCGGGAGGGGUAGGACGGUUUGAAAUGAAAGAGGGAAGGAGAUAUGUGUGUGGCAGACGGGCAGGCAGGCAUACUUUUAACGAAUGAUUAUGAAAAUGAAAAUAUGAUUGAUACACUUUGAUGCGAUUGAUUUUUUCAUUUUUUUUUUUUUUUUUUUUCAUUAGAUAGGGCUUGAAUGGAUG